AUGACCAUUAAAGGGUUUAUAUCAUUUAUACACAAAAAAAUUCCUAGUACCAUUAAAAGAAUUGAUGACAUAAAAAGUUUUGAGGGAAAGAAGUUUAUAAUUGAUGGUACAUUUUUUAUUUACAAAUUUAUGUAUGUUGCUUGGAAACACAUAUUAAAUGACAAAAACCGAGACAGUAAGUAUAAAGCUAAUGAGUUAGGUACAUAUAUAUUAAUAAGGCAAUAUAUUAUUAAAAAAAGUAUAGAAUUAUUAAAAAAUCAACAUGAAUAUUUUAAAUCAUUAAAGAUAAAUACUCUUUAUAUAAUUGAAGAUAUUGGGGCUAGGUGUGAACUACAACCUAUCGACUUCAAAUGUAAAAGACAUGUAUGGAAAGAAAGGGAAACAAUACGAAAAAAAAAAAAAUUGUUCGAUAUAUUAAAUGCAGAUGCUCAUAAAAAUAUACUGAGUUCUUCUGAUGGAUUAAGCGAUACAAGUAGUAGUAACAUUGGGAGCAUUCUUAACGGGAGUUCAAAAAAAAUCACAAAUAUAAUUACCCCAUUUUGUGAUAAAAAAGUGAGUCCAAAUAAAAUAUGUGAAAGAAAAAUCGGAAAAAAAGAAAAGGUUGAGAUAAUUGUCGAUGAAGAUGGUACUCAUGAUUUGUUUAAAAAAAAUAUAUUUAUAAAAAUUAAUUCCCAGACUGCUAAUGAUAUAUAUAAUUAUCUGUUAUUGGAAAAAAUUCCUAUUUUUAUAACAAAAAAUGAUGCAGAAAAAGAGUGUGCGAUCCAAUGCUCUCAUGAAAAAGAUAUCGUUGUAUCUGAUGAUACAGAUGCAUUAGCAUUCGGGGCCCCCAAUUUAAUCAGAUUCAUAACUAAUAAAAAAAAAAGACAUAUAAUUAAUAAAGAUGAAAUUUUGAGUGAAUUGGAUAUAAAUUAUGAGCAAUUUAUAGAUUUUUGCAUUUUAUCAGGUUGUGACUAUAGUGCAAAAAUACCAGGCAUCGGUCCAGUAAAAGCUUAUGAAAUUAUUAAGAAAUAUAAAACUAUAGAAAGCUUUUUAGAAUCUAGUGCGUUUGAUAAAUAUUCUAAUACCAAACGCUUCAACCAAAAACUUAGUAAUGAAUCGAUGUCAUUAAAGGAUUAUAUCCUUAAUGAAUUUACAUAUGAACAGGCUAGAAAAAUUUUCUUUAAUUCAUACUAG